AUGGAGUCCUCGUUGAAUAUCACCAACGAAGAUUUCAUCAUAAAAAACAAUCAUCAGUCUCUUUUCGAUGAUGAUGUAUCUCGUAUACAGAAAAAUCAUCAUAAUUCUGAUAAUUUAGGUCGAUCCUCUUUCAGCGGAUGGACUCCUCCACCAAAUCUUACCGAUAUUUCUGAUCAAUAUCAGAAAAAUUUAAUACAGUUGGUCUCGAACCAAAAUUAUGAUCCCCUUAAUCAGAAUUGUGUUACCACACAAAAUUAUCCAGUUUACAACCUUUCCACAUCUGAAAUACCAUCAAAAGAUCCAAUUUCGAGCAUCAAUUCCUACUCAGGAUAUGAUACUUUUGGAGAAUCAAUGGAUAACAUGACCAACACUAAUCAAAACAAUAUGCCUUGUGGGAAUGCUAUGUGGGAUAAUACUACACACAACAAAGGUUGUAUCACCAGUGGUUAUCAACCAGUCUAUAAUAAUAUCACGAUUGAGUCUCAUCCAUUUGAUCUUCCAGUUGAUGAGGGGAUAAAAAGUCCAACUAGAGAGAUAACUAAUUGGCGUCAAGAUCAGAUAUUGGUAAAAAUGAAUCAAAAAGUGGUGACAAAAUGUAAACCUUUGAGGAAGGUCAACGUCAUCAAAGAGAAAUGGACUGAUGAGGAGGACAAACAAUUGGUAGAAAAUGUGGAACUUUAUGGGACCAAAUGGGGAACAAUAGCAAAAAUGUUUAAAGGACGAAAAGGAAAACAAUGUAGAGAGAGGUGGUACAACCAUCUUUGUCCUAAUAUCAAGAAAGGUGAUUGGACUGCUGAAGAAGAUGAAAGAUUGGUUGCAGCCCACAAAAUUUUUGGCAACAAAUGGGUCGAUAUCGCUGAGCAACUUCCUGGACGAAGCGAAAAUACUAUUAAGAACCAUUGGAACACCACAAAGCGUCGGGUGCAUUUGAUGAAAACUAAGGGUGGUGGUGAAAAUGCAAAUCCACCCCGCAACAUCUUGGAGAACUACAUAAUUCAUGUCGUAAUCAACAAUGCUCCUCCCAAGACCUUUGGAAUUACAUACACUAAGGAUGAUUAUGACUAUGAAAGUAUUUCUGAUGGGGAGAUGAAUCUAAGCAUGAACGAUACGACAAAAACCACUGAACGAUUGGUUGAUGCAUCUACAUCAUCAGAUUAUGUUUCGGAACCAACGGUGUUUUCAUGGGAGAAUUAUUUUACAAAGGUUUGUGAAUCCAUGGAUGAGACUCAUAAACUCAUGCAAGGAUGGGAAUGA